CAGGCGCUGCCUCCCCGCGCUGCAUUAGGACCCGGGGAGAACUGCUCUAUUCAGAGCCCAGCGCGCCUGCGCGGUGCUGAAGUGUCCGGAGACCGGGCUGGCUGGACGAAGCAGCGAAGAACGGCAAGCGCGGCGGCGGCGGCGAGUUCUCUGGCACCCAGCCUUCCUUCAGCACCACCUGCGAGAGCUCUUGGGCGGCGGGCGCGAGGAGGGAGGAGCAGACAGAGACGCGCUGAUUGUCCACUUCCCUCAGCACAAUCCACCUGAGGCUUCCCCAAGCUGCCUGGAUCGCCUGCUUGCCUCAGCCCGACACGUAGGGAAGGAGGAAUAAAGACCCCCCCCGUUCCCGAUCCCUUUUUGCCUGCCCACCUCUUUCGACCCCUCUCAUCGCCUUUCAUCCAUCCAUCCCCAGUGGCAGCCUCCCGUCAAGGGAAGCGCUACUAGUCAAGGGCUGCGGGAGCGCUGUCCAUUUCAGCACCACGUUGCCCGAAGCAAAGGCGAGCCCACGUCGCGUGCCUAAGUCACCGCUGGUGGCGGGGAAGGUGGGGGGCGAUCCGGCCAAAGCUCAGGGGCCGAAGGCGCCUUUCGGGCGGCUGCAAAGUGUGAUCGGCAUCAACAAGGAGGGAGCCGAAGAGGAAGCGAAGAUUGAAGGCGACGCGUACGGAUUUGGUGGUCUUUUGUUUGAAUCGGAGAGCUACAUCUGGAGAAUUGUCAGCUAUCUCUAUCUCUCUAUAUAUUCCGUUGCUGAUUUGUUAUUGCUUCGUCGUUAUCACCAUCCAUUUAGUUGCUGGUUGUGGUUUUUCACAACCCUGCCUAAAUAAUAGGAUUGCUACGUGUUGAGCUCUUCCUAGCAGCCACCUCUUGCUCCUGCCUCUGCUCCUAGGACGCCAGUACAGAACGAUUUUUGUUUUACAAACAUCAGCAUCUUCAAGAGAUUGGGUUUGAUUGCUGCAGCUGGGCAUUGGUAUCUGCCCACUUUCUUCCUCCCACCUUAUUUGUGUCUGUGUAUGUGUGUGUUGUGUUGUGGACCCCUUACUCCACUGCCUCCAGCCUCUUGUUGCAUGCCCCUGCCACCACCAAUCUUCCCCACUGAACCCGCUUUGUAGGUCAGCUAUGUCCCACUAGAUUUAUUAAUUGAUACAUCUUAAUUGAGGAAGCAACCCCCCUUCCCCACUCUGACACUCACCCCUACCUACCCAACCAUAUCUCGCAAUCACUGUUCUUGGAUAUCUGGCAUAUUCUUAUUUUAAAUGAGGCUUGUAUGAGUUUCAAUUUGCCAGUAAAGAACCCAAAUCUGCCAUCAUUAACUUUCACUGGUACUCUUGACUUUGCCCCUGUGGGAGUGAAGGGUAUAAGAGGCCAAGGCCAGUGGAUGCCCUUGAUAGGGGCACCUCUUCCCCACAUAGGAGAGGUAUCAAGUUAGUUAUUGAUUGCAGAUGAGCAGACGCCCCCUUAUGUGCUUGUUGUGUGUUGUGCUUGUUUGGAUGAGUCCACGACAUGCCUAAUAAGAGACGAGAUGGGCCAGGGCGAUGAGAGCGAUCGCAUUGUGAUCAAUGUGGGAGGGACUAGGCAUCAGACUUACCGCAGCACCUUACGCACCUUGCCCGGCACUCGAUUGGCCUGGAUCGCGGAGCCGGAUGCCCACAGUCACUUUGACUAUGACCCCCGCACAGAUGAGUUCUUCUUUGACCGGCACCCAGGUGUCUUUGCCCAUAUCCUGAACUACUACCGCACAGGUAAGCUGCACUGCCCAGCAGAUGUCUGUGGACCUCUAUAUGAGGAGGAGCUGGCCUUCUGGGGCAUUGAUGAAACCGAUGUGGAGCCCUGUUGCUGGAUGACCUACAGGCAGCACCGUGAUGCUGAAGAGGCCCUUGACAGUUUUGGUGGGGCACCUCUGGAUAAUAGUGCUGAUGAUGGAGAUGCAGAUGGCACUGGAGACUCAGGUGAUGGUGAGGAGGAGCUGGAGAUGACUAAACGCCUGGCACUCAGUGAUUCUCCAGAUGGAAGGCCUGGGGGCUUUUGGAAGAGGUGGCAGCCCCGUAUCUGGGCACUAUUUGAGGAUCCCUAUUCCUCCAGAUAUGCAAGGUAUAUCGCAUUUGCCUCCCUCUUCUUCAUUCUGGUUUCCAUCACUACCUUUUGCCUCGAGACCCAUGAGAGAUUUAAUCCCAUCGUUAACAAGACGGAGACGGAAAUUGUUGGGAAUGAUACCCACGUGCGCAUCUAUCGGGAGGCAGAGACAGAGGCCUUCCUCACCUACAUUGAAGGGGUCUGCGUCGUUUGGUUUACUUUUGAGUUCCUAAUGAGGGUCAUUUUCUGCCCGAACAAGAUGGAAUUUAUCAAAAACACCUUGAACAUCAUUGACUUUGUGGCCAUUCUGCCUUUCUACUUGGAGGUUGGACUCAGUGGCCUGUCUUCCAAAGCUGCCAAGGACGUCUUGGGCUUCCUGCGAGUCGUCCGAUUCGUACGAAUCUUGCGAAUUUUCAAGUUGACCCGCCACUUUGUAGGGCUGCGGGUCUUGGGUCAUACCCUCCGUGCCAGCACAAACGAGUUCUUGCUGCUCAUCAUCUUCUUGGCAUUGGGCGUCUUAAUCUUUGCCACAAUGAUCUACUACGCUGAGAGAAUAGGUGCUAAACCCAAUGAUCCUAGUGCCAGCGAACACACACACUUUAAAAACAUCCCCAUUGGCUUCUGGUGGGCUGUUGUCACCAUGACUACCCUGGGCUACGGAGACAUGUAUCCUCAGACUUGGUCAGGCAUGCUGGUGGGGGCCCUCUGUGCUCUUGCAGGCGUGCUGACCAUUGCCAUGCCUGUACCCGUCAUUGUGAACAAUUUCGGAAUGUAUUACUCCUUAGCUAUGGCUAAGCAGAAGCUACCAAAGAAAAAAAAGAAGCAUAUCCCACGGCCGCCCCAGCUGGGAUCCCCCAAUUAUUGUAAAUCUGUCAUAAACUCUCCACACCACAGUACUCAGAGCGACACAUGCCCACUCGCCCAAGAAGAAAUGUUAGAAAUUAACAGAGCAGAUUCGAAACUGAAUGGGGAGGUGGCCAAGGCGGCGCUGGCAAAUGAAGACUGCCCCCACAUAGACCAGGCUAUGUCACCCGAGGAAGGCCUGCCCUUUACCCGUUCUGGCACUCGGGAGAGAUAUGGACCUUGCUUCCUCUUAUCAACCGGGGAAUAUCCCUGCCCGCCUGAUGGAGGAAUAAGAAAGGGUUAUGAAAUGUCACGGAGUCUUAACAGCAUAGCUGGCAUAAGUGGAAAAGCGGUAGGAUUAUCCUCAAAGCCUGCACCCUACAAUUCUCCUAGCCCAACGAGACAUUCUUGGUCUCCCAUCCCAUCCAUUUUGUAGCAUGGAUCAGUAGCAGAGAAUGGUCUAAAUCAUAAUACUAAAAAAAGAAAGAAAAAAGAAAGAAAAAGAAAUGCUAUUCUUUCUAAUUGACCUAUGAGCUGUCACAAUAUAAUGCAAAUGAUGAUAAUGAUGAUGAUUGAAGCGGUCUGUCUCUCGGUAGCAUCUCAUGGGGACGGUGUUACUACUGGUUUUAGUAACGCUUACACUGACAACAUCCUUGAUCGGUAGUGCUGAGAUGACACUAGGUGGGCAUUAGUAGCUUUGGCGGGCCAUAACACUGCAUGAUAUUGGAACAUAAGACAACAAGGUGGAUGCAUCAUGUAGUUUCCUCUAAGGUUGCAUCAGGCUGGUAUGUGCUUUUUCUUGGCUAAUGGUGGAUCCACUGGCUCUUAUGGAAUGGGUUAGGCAUUCAGGCCAAUGCUGAAACUUGCCAACGAUUGAAGAUUUUGCUUUACUCAGGAUAUUUUUUGAGCCAUAGGAACCCUGCAGGAGUUUGAGCAAAACACACGCAGUAGGAUGAAACUUUGCAUGGGCGCCUAUUCUAUGUUGAAAGCAAUAAGAUACACUGUAGAGAGGUCUCUAGCUGGCUGGCUGACUGCAUGGGAAAAAGUACUGGCGGAGAAGAAAACUGGCUGCCUCUGCAUGUAGCUCUUUCCACCUUAGUCCUCCUUCCUUUAAAACACCCAGCUUGAUUUGAAAAGCGCAGGAGAGAAGCUCAAGUAUUGAUUAUAUUCUUUACAUGCAGAUCUUUGCAAAGAAAGUCGUGUCAUUGCUAAAUAUAUGCCAACAGAGGCAGUCAAAGUGACUUGACAUGGAGAGAACGAGAUGGACAAUGAUGGCUUGUAAACGUCUGGGUGGAACUGUGCAGGCAUAGAAGACCUCCUCAUUUGGACAAAUGUAAUCUCACUCCAUGCAAGUUUGCAGGAUGAUUCUAUGUGGUUUCACAGAUAUAAGUAGAUUUGCAGGCUUUUUCUAUGGCCAAAAUGUAACAAAUGAUAGAUUAUUUUUUUUGUUGUUCCAUAGCAUGAAUUGCAUGAAAACAAAAAAACCUGCAAUUGUAUGAGUAACUUUAAAGGGGGGGGGAGGCAAAGUGAUCUAUUUUCUUUCAAAGCUCUUUACUUUUACAUACAUUGUUGUAGCCAAACUGUAAAAUGUUCUAAAACCGUACAUUCCUUUGCUAUGGAUUGCUUCUUUUUGUAUACAAGAUAAAAAGAGUUAAUGGUUUUAAAAGUGGAAUCGGGCGGUCAUAUUGACCAAGCCUUCAUAAAUACAUCACAUUAACAUGAAAAAACAAUCAAGAACUUUUCAUUCAACUAGAAUUGUGUAAACUGUACAAACAACUUUCUUUUCCUGUCUGUUUUUGUUGGCAUGCUUGUGAAACAUGGGACCAACUCUUGGACCUGAUGGUAACAGCUGGUCUAGACUUAUUUUCCAGCUCUGGUUAUGUUGUAUUUUAUUGGUGUAUAGAUCCAAUGUGAAGACCCUUCAUGGCAAAUUGUUCACAUUACGUAAUCAGUGAUGAAUUUAACAACAACAAAAAAUGUUUUUUUAAAAAAAAUCAGAAAAAUCAGAAAAUCUGGGACUUACAGUAUACAAAUCAGGAAGCUACUCAAGUGUAAGCUUGUCUCAGAGUUUAAGAAACAAGAUGAUGGCAUUGUAUGCAAUUUAGAACUUCUGAGUAAAACGCAUGCACAAUGUUAUGCAAAACAAAUCCUAGCAUGAAAUAAAUUUUGUAUCAUGGUUUCAAUGCCUGCUGUACAGUGUAAAUCAGAAUUCUUUUCUAAAAUGAUCAGAGGUUUCCAGAUACACUUCUGAAAUCGUGAAUAAAUACAAGACUCCCAAUGGAAAUAUAAAAGAAGCUUGAUUUUAAUUUGCUUCUAAAAUGGCAAAAUUGGUGACUGCAUCAUCAACUGGUUCCUCCAAAUCCUUGAUACAACUCGUGUCUACAGUCUUCACGACACUAAUAAAU